CCCUGGAAACAGCCUGAGAUUUCUUAUAAAUCACAAAGGAAAAUAAAUACCUUCAUCCAUGGAGGGGAAAAGACAGCUCGAGAAAAGGGACUUUGGAAAAAGGUUGUCUCUAGACAGCAGUCUUGUGGAAUACAUGGAUUCAAAUAAAUAUAUUGAGCAUUUGCUGACACAAUUGGAGGAACAACAUCGUAAUCUCUGGAGGGAGAAGUUGGCUGUGGCUCGCCUUCAGCGGGAAGUUGCCCGAAGUAGAAGAGAAGGAACAAUGCAUGAGAAGCUGAUACAAGAAUUGGAAGAAGAGAAACACUUAAGACUUCAAAGUGAAAAACGGUUAAGGGAGGUGACUUUGGAGUCUGAGCGAAGCAGAGUUCAAAUGCGUGGCCUGCAGCAGCAGUUUUCAAGGAUGGAAGAAACAGUAAGAAACCUACUACAGAAUCAAGCACCUCCGGAUGGGAAGAAAGAAGAGACUGUGAAUAUUAUGGUCUAUAAGGAAAAACAAUCAGAGGAAGAAAAGAAGCACAAAGAAACUUUGGAAGAUCUGCACAUGGUGGUGGAUGAGGAUUCGAGGAGUGAAAGCAGCAGUACAGAUGAGGGGAAAGAAAAGACCAAAUUGCUUUUAGAAAGAUUGAAAGCUCUAGAGGCAGAGAAUUCAGCACUAGCUUUGGAAAAUGAAAAUCAGAGGGAACAGUAUGAAAGAUGUCUUGAUGAGGUAGCCAACCAGGUUGUUCAAGCUCUGCUCACUCAGAAGGACCUGAGGGAGGAGUGUGUAAAGUUGAAAACAAGAGUAUUUGAUUUGGAACAACAGAAUCGAACAUUAAGUGUGCUGUUUCAACAGAGAGUCAAACCAGCUUCAGAUCUACUCCUUCAGAAACUUCACUCACGCAUCUUGGACCUUUCGUCAGGGGAUUUACAUUCAGAGGUAGAGAGAAACCAAAGUUUGAUGCAAUCACGAACGGAUGUUGACAUUCAUGAAUGCCAGCUGAAUGCAAAAUCUGGAGUCCCUACCCCAAAAUGCCCUGCAUUGAAUAUGACCAGCUCUGGACGGCUGUGUCCCCGGAACAGCUGCAGCAGUAGUGAACUCUCUUUGUCUAGUACAUGUAGUGAAUACUCCAGUGGUUCCUCCUACACUUGGAAUGAUGGGAAGACACUCAGUAAAAGGUCAUCAAUCAACUGGGACAAAAGGAUUAGCAUUGCCUCAUCCCUCCCAAGUGACCUCGCUAGCCCUGCAGAUGAGCUACCUCCAACGCGCAUUAAGGAAAGCCACAUUUUGGAAGGCCUGAGGAAGCUGCAGAAACGAAAAAUAUUGCUUGAACCUCCUUCUCUAGUAACAAAAUGGGGUUACAAAGAUUGUAUGAACUCAAACGAAGGAAUCUAUUCCCCAGGAAUUAAAUGUGGCAGUCGUAAAGAGCACCCUCACUGUACGCCAGCAGAAGCAGGGAGCCCGUGUAAAGAGCUUCAGCAGGCUUUCACUUACUACGACUCUGAUUCCCAUGAUGAUGUUGAUGAUGAAACUUCCUCUUUAGCCUUGCUUCAUGAGAUCCCAAACAAAGACCACAGGCUGCCCUGUAACAAGUUAACUCACAGUGUCUCCGAUAGUCUUUUUGGUUGGGAGUCUAGUGGGAAAAACUUUUCAAAAAGUCCUCCCUCUGCUGAUUUCAAGGAAAGACCCGAAAAACUGACCCAUUUUGAUAGCAACUGCCCAACAGAGGGAGAGUCAUGCCCAAACGUGCAGUUGCAGCAAGAAAAAGGCCUGCCUGUUCUGGACCAUCUGGACCUGAAUCUACACCUUUCUGACACUGAUGACUAUGAAACCCUUGAUGAAUUACAUAUAGAAAGCAGUGAUGAGAAAAGUCCUUCUGACUCGUUGGUGACUCCUGGCAUUCAGACCCUUGACAUCCUGAGAGGGCAUGGAAAAUCUCAAUUGGCAUCUUCCAGUAAAGAGGAAAAACGAGCACCCGUUCCCUCAGACAGCAGGCCAAAGACAUUUAGUUUCAUUAAGCAGCAGAGGGUCGUCAAGAAGACUUCCUCUGAAGAAUGUAUUACUGUCAUAUUUGACGCUGAGGAUGGCGAGCCUAUUGAAUUCAGCUCACAUCAGACUGGAGUCAUCACUGUUACUAGGAACGAAAUUUCCAUCAACCAAGCUUCUUCUGGGUCCAAUGCAGAAUACACUGAACUCUUACCUCAGGGAAUCUCUAAUUUGCAGCUAGGGAUGAAUGCAAGAGACUACACCAUUUUAAAGGCACCUGAAGAUGAAACAGAAAAAAGAACUCACAAAGAUUUCACUGGGACUGGAAAUACAGGUAUUUUUUCGGUACCCACAGAAUCUUUAAGCUCUGGAAGAUCAAUACUAGAAAAUACUCAGAGACAAAAGGAAGCCAAAUCAACACAUAACAUAACCUACCGGAGCAAUUCUGUGUCUUCAGCGUCCGUGGGUAUGACCCACAAACAGAAUCUGACUAAAAUACCUAGCAGGGGGAAAUCUUUGCCUCAGAAAUCAAAGGUCACAACAGAUCCUGAUGACAUAACGAUAGUCUCACCUCCUGGCUCCAUGGCCCAAGAAAAAUCACCAGCCUUACCUCCUGUGAAACUAUCCAGGUUCAAAAAAGCCCACAGCCCAAUACAUCAUUUGCAUCCACAAUCUGACUCUCAUGUGCCCAAACAACCAAAGCUGCUUCUUCACAGCUCAAAAAAUUCUGGCAGGAGUGAGUGGGCCAAGGGACCCAAGAGUUCACAGUUAAUGCCAAGAUCCUUCAUUGAACCCACUGACUAUGGGGAACCUCCAACCAAGGAUAAGCACUGCGACUUGGCACCAGAAGAAAUGGUCAAAGCACCUUCUCCCCCUCCCCCUCCAGGCAGGUCAGCUUCACUGCUCAUCAGACCUAAUUAUGAACACUCACCACCUUUAUCCAUCAAACCCGGAACCAGUGUCCCCAGUGAAAUAGCAAAGGCCACACUAAAGUCCUCCCCACUGAAAGGAUCUCCAAUUGCUGCCAUUUCUUCUAGUCAGGCUACACCCGAAGGCCAGGGGAAAAAAUCACUUAUGGCACUCAAAAAACCUGACUUCUCUCAACCCUCAUCUAAUGAAGAAAAAGUAGUCCAAAGCAGAUGUACAAGUCAAUUGUCUUCUGGUCCAUUUGCUAUGAUUGGUCCAGGCCUUCCAAAAGUUUCUCCUAAGAGAAGUUCCACAAAAGCUUCUAAUCACCAAGCUUCUGGAAAUAAUCAAGGACUUUCAGACACAGGCUUACGGACUACCAAGAAUAUUCCCUUAGGCUGUGGACCACUAGAAACGCCAUCCUCAAAAAGCUCAUCUCCAGGAAGGAGAGGACAGUACGGUGACUGUCUUCCCAAAUCUCCGAAGUCUCACCACAUUAGUGGGAAUGAAUCACUGUCAUCUCAGGUUAAUAGUCCCUCAUCAUCCCCAACCUCUAAAAUUCAAGAUACCGCAAACAACAUCCCAGGUUCUCAUGACAAAGGGCUGAAGACCCGUCUCCCUGUGGGACUCAAAGUACUUGUAAAAUCCCCACAACUGCUCAGGAAGAGUUCCACCGUGCCAGGGAAACAGGAAAAGGAGAGUAUGAACGCAGCUUCCAAAAGCUGUGCGGUAGCCAGCAAGUCCAAGCCAGAAGAAUCUGUGGCUCUAACGAGAAUCGUCGCCACAAGUGGUGAACUACUAAAUGGGUCCAUGGUGGAUUUAGACACGAAGAGCAGUUUCCCUUCAGGACUUGCCACAGAGAGCACACUUCCACAGUCACCCGAGAACUGCAAUGUAGAGGCUGACAGGGGAGACGUAUUAGAAAACAGAUUCAUGAAGAGAUCUGCCUCUUCUAGCAAGCCUCACUUAAAACCAGCUCUAGGAAUGAAUGGGGCCAAAGCUCGUAGUCAAAGUUUCAGUGUUCAUUCUGGAGAAAAGACUUCCACUACUGCCUCUGAAGGGCUUGGCAAAGUACGGACUCAAAUUAUUACCAACACAACUGAUAGAGGCAAUUCUCUCACGCGCCAGAACUCUGCUACUGAUGGAUUCACAAACAAGAUAACUUCAGGAUCAAUUACAGAGAAUGUUUCGCUAUCCAGUAAGCCAAUGGAGGACUCCUUCUCUCGGCAAGGAUCUCAUGGAAGUAUAAACAGCUCCAGCAGCCAGCAUGGUAGCCCAAGCAAGUUGCCUUUCAGGGUUUUUCCUAAAACAGAAGGGAUUCACAAUGCAUCUAAGGUCGAAAGCCAGGAGUCACCCUCUCAGGGAGACUGCUCAACCCUAGCUUUGUCGGAAGAGCAAGGCAAUGGCCUUUACAGAUGCCUCCCAUCCCCAUCAUCACCCAGUCAUCUGUUAGAUCAUAUGAGUCCCCUGCAAAGUCCAAGAAGGAUACAGUGCCUAGGUCAUUUUGAAGCAAGCAGUGCACACAAGCAAGAAAUCCCUGGGAAUCUGUUGGACACUUCUGAGAUGGGAGAUUUAAUCCAAGAUGCCCCUGUUUCUCCAACCAUAGAAGAAAAAGUCAUGCUCUGCAUUCAGGAAAAUGUGGAAAAGGGCCAAGUGCAAAUUAAGUCUCCCACUAUGGAGGCCAAACAUAAGACAGGGCCCUCCAUUGCCAGCUGGUUUGGUUUUCGAAGGAGUAAACUCCCAGCUCUGAGUGGCAGAAAAAUGGACAUCUCCAAAACCAAACUAGAAAAGAAAGAUGCAAAGAGUUUGGGAUUUGGAAACAAACAACAAAAAGUAGAGAAAAAGAAAGACAAAAGGAAGUCUGAAUUGCAAUGUGAGACAGAAAAUGAAGUCAACAUGAAAACGGAGAUGGGAAAUAUGCCAGACAGUGUCUUAAAGAGCAAAAGAAAUAUGAAAACUCCACAAGACAUUCAUGUCCAAAUGAAGUUGGAACCAAGGAAUAGACUCAAUCCUGCCAUGUGUUUGACGAAAGACACCUUUAUGAAAGAACUUUUAAACAGAGUUGAUAAGAAAGCAGCACAACAGACAGAAAGUGGAUCAAAUGAUGUUUCCUACAGGAGUGUGUCUAAGGGCAACUCCCAGGGCUCUACUCUUCCCAGCGACUCUAUCAGCACUCAAGGAAACCACAAGAAAAACAGCAAAACCAAAGCUGAUAUGGAAACACCGAAUGAAACCCUGAUAAAAGAGGUCACUGAAAGUCUUCAAGAGGAUGAAGAGGACACCAUUAUGGAGAGUGGAGAACACUCUCCAUUUCAAACCCACAUAAUAGAGUCUAGCUGCCAGAUGAGAACACUGGACAGUGGGAUAGGAACCUUUCCACUCCCAGACUCGGGAAAUCGUUCCACUGGACGGCACACAUGCAAACCAGACACCUCUGUGGAAUCUGAACCCUUCCUGUCUCUCCAGGAAACCCUUCCCUCAGCUCCCCACAUCAAAGCCAAAACCCUUGAACGAGAAGUGCCUUCUGCAGCAAAUAUCCAGGGCUCCCUAGAAAGCAUCAUUGUUCAUUCCACAUCUGAUCCAGUCAUGAUUGCCAAAGGUAUUCGACCUUUUCAAAGUCGCCUCCCCAAACCAGCUUCCUCAGGAAUAAAUAACUUACAAAGGCAAAGUGAAACAGAUCUGACCCCUCAGACAUCAUUUGAAUAUGCUAGGGAAAAAACGGAGAAUGGGACAAAUCACCCUGAUUGGAACAGUGACAAAACCACCAAGAUUCAGGAUCAGAAAUUGAAACAAGUUGAAGAAACAAAAGAAGAUUCUGAGAAUAGAUUAUCCAAAAUUUCCCUGGAGUCUCUCAAUAAACUUAACAGCAAUAGUAUGAUUUUAUUAGAAAAAGAGAACUGUCUGAAUAAGGUUGAAAGACAAAGGGAAGAAAAGGGAAAAAAUGAAGAUGCAUCUUUAAAAAGCUCCAAUAGGCCUGGUGUAGAUAAUUUGGAGUCUUUAAGUGAUUCUUUAUAUGAUAGCUUCUCUUCCUGUGCAAGUCAAGGUUCAAAUGAUGUAUAAAAGACUUUUUUCCCCCCAGUGGGCUGAGUAGAGCAGUUAAGAGACUGGGAAAAUAAAAUAAAAAAUAAAAUGUACUAUUGAAGCAACACAGCCGAAAUUGUAAGAUUCACAGCAGGCUGCUCUCUGGCUUACUUCCAUGACACAGCAAUAAAGACAGACUGCAUUUAUUGUGGUGUAUGAGGAUAAAAGAAAAAUACACACAGGACACAAAAGUCUUAAUUUUGCACUUUUUUGAAUACUUGUACAGAAGUUGUAAAUUUUUGGGGAAAGAUUAUAUUUGUAGCAAAAAAAAAAAUGACAGCAAUAAAUUGGUGCCAUGCUCUUGAAAGAACAGGUAACUAACUUUCUUAAACUGAUGUUAAUAUUAACAAAAACUUUUAGUUGGAAUUUUUUAAAAGUUUAUUCUUCUAGUCUGAAAACUGUAUGUAGGGACACUGCUUAAACACAAAACUGAGCCUCCUAAAAUCACAGUAAUAAACAUGGUAAUUUCUAUUUUGAAAUAUUAAUUUGGUAAUUUUUUUUUAUUUUAGUGCAAUUUCAAAGAAGUUACUGUGAUAAUUCAAACUCUGAGUUACUAUAAUUAUCCAUAUUUCUACUCACACUUGAAGAAGGUUCUGUAGUGAGGCCCAGAUUGAAAAGGAUAUAUGCCCUAAGUGGCCUAGUACUGUUUCAAAUAGUGUAUUUACCUCUAAGGUAUCCCUAUAAACCCCCUAACAUAGUUGUUGGCUUUUCUGGUUUCUGAACAUAUCAAUUUUUAUUUUUACCUUCAACUCCAAUUUGAUCUCAAUUUAGUGAAUUCUGAGCUUCCAGAAAUGAAACAACUCAUAUUCAAUUUAUA